CCGUAGGUUAAUCAUUCGAUUUCGAUUGUUAGUCGGUAUCAUUCGAAAAAAAAAUGUUUUCAACGAAAGUAGUGAUAGUUUUCACGAUAACACUUUGCUGUGUUUUCAACUAUAUUUGCGGUCAAGAUACGGCGAUGGACGAUUUCUUCAUGAAAGCUUCUAAAAAUAUACCCAGGAUUGGCAGAAGUAACAGCAAAAGCAGCAAAGGAUCAAAUGACGAUUUUGAAAACUUCUUUUUGAAGGCCUCCAAAUCUGUUCCACGAAUUGGUCGGAGAUACGAUACUGAAUUUGAAACUAUGGGGAAAAAAAUUAUUCCGUUUUCAUCGUUAUACUAUGGAGCACAUGACAAAUCAAACCCCGGACUUGCCAGUCUCCCACUAUCCGAACUCACUAAAUAUAGCGAUGAUGUAAAUGAGGAGGAUAUUCAAGAUGCAUACGAUAUUUUGGAUGCCGGAAGGAUGAAAGAAAUUGAUAGGGCCAAGAGAACUGUUAAUUGAACUAUUUUCUUAGUUGAAUUUCCUCAAUCUACAAAGUGAACAGUGCCAUAAGAUGGAAAAAUAUUUUAGUUAAUAUGUAUUAUUUGUAUGCACCAACGAAUAAAAUACAAAAGUAUAAUCAA